AUGCCUGCCUUUCAUUUAACUCCUUUGGUUAACCACCGGGACUGGGUCAGCUCGGCCGAGCAGCGCCUGUUUGCGCUCUUGAAGACCGGCAACACUUCGCCGGCUUCUUUUUCAACGUCGCCAAUGUGCACGUCAAGAAAACAGGAAGUGAAAGUCAAAGCCAAGCCGAUCACCUCGCCAUCAAAGAUCAGUGUGGCUGUUGUGGCUCCAGGUGCUGGCACAGGCAUUAACGGGGCGGUGUACUCAGAGCUGGCACGCGGCCCGUCAUUCAAGGUGGACGUCAUCGGGCGGUCGAGGGCACCGUAUGAUGUGUAUCCGCCAUGCUGGCCGCAGGGGGCUCACGCCCCCAAUUUGCAGAGUUUCGCAGACGAGGUACUGGAGGUCGGUGCGCACCGGAAUGCCGACGUCCUGGUCUUUGGCUCACGCGGUGGGCAGGUAGUGCUUCCACAUAUGUGGCAGGCCGAGGCACAGGGUCUGGUUCCUCCGGUGCCCCCGGCUGUGGUUAUCAACGGCGGAUGUGCCAUGAACUUGCCGUCUCCAGUUUUUUGGCCAGACUCGGCUGUUACGUUCCUGAUCAUCGGAGGGAACGACAAUUUCAGGGGAAACCUCAGCAUGGAGGAGUACAUCGCUGAGACGAGGAGUUACGUGCCGCCCGGCAAUAAGACCACUGCCAUUCUGUCUAUAAACGAGAUGACGCACAUGCCCCAGCAGUCACUGCUUCGUGGAAUUUUACGACUCGUGUUGAAGGCAUUGGUGUCCUGGAAGGCAGAUGGAAAGGUGCCACUUGAGCGUCUUCGUCAAACGCUGGCUUUCCUAAAACAGGAUGGGUGGAGUGGACGUUUGCUCUACACAACAGCUCCUAGUGAGUGGGAGGAUAUCCCAUUCAGCUCCCAUGGCAGAGAGAAGCUUCAGGUGACUGUCCCUAGACACAUUCACCAGGAGGACCUCGGAGCCGGGAAGGAGACGAAGGCGCUUUGGAGGGCCGCAGCAUCCUGCAAAGGACAUCGCCUCGCCCAGGUGGUGAAGGUGUGCUGA